CAGAGUAUAAAGAAGACGGGGAGCGACUUGAACGAGAGUUCAAAGGCGGCCGAGAGUGAUGGAGGUUCCGCCACAAAGGAGGUCCCCUGCCGAACUACGGAGCUGCAUAGAAGAGCUCCUGAGGUUCACUCUCAAAUCCUCCGUCGACGGCAUUUCCGAGGUCGACAUGGGUCUCUCCAAAGACUAUUGCGCCAACCUACUCAAACACGACCCUUCCAAUACCUUACCCAUUUCCACCGAUAUCUCUGAAGGAGUCCCAUGUUAUCCUCUAUACAAGCAUCUAGCUGCGUCCUUGCACCAGUCUAUUCAAUCUGGAACCAUCUCUAGGUCAUGCAAUAGACUUCCAGUAAUGCGUGAAGCCGAUUUUACGCACCAAAUGGAAGAGGAAUGUAAUAAUCUUGUAAGGGAAAAAGGUUCCCAGUUGCAGAAUUUGCUGGAUACCUGUGAUUUUGAUCUUCAUGUUCAGGAGCCUUUCUUCUCUCAACUGAAAAAUGGAGAAAAAACAAUUGAAGGGAGGUGUGCUGUUGGUGACCACAAGAAUAUUGCGGUUGGUGCUUUCAUUCUUCUUAACAAGUGUCUGGUUCUCCAAGUUGAGAAAGUUUGUCAUUAUUCUUCAUUCUGUAAGAUGUUAGAGGUGGAGUCUCUCUCAAAGGUCCUUCCUGGAGUGAAAACCACUGACGAAGGUGUUAAAGUCUUUAGAAACUUAUACUCUGAAGAGAAGGAAAAAUUGAAUGGUGUUCUUGCUAUUUGUGUUACGAAACCAGUUUUACAGCCUUACCUUUCUAUGGCCUCCAUAAUAUCAGGUAUGGGCUAUAGGGGUGUCCAGGCACUUCUAAAUUUUGCACAAACAGUUGGAACGAUUCCUGAGGGACUCCCACCUCCUACAUCUACCCUAAUAUCAUCAUUUUUAUUACCGCAUAAUCCAAAUGUUAAAGGCUCUAGAUUGACUGAUGGAGCCAGGGCGUUAGCCAAGCAUGCCAACAGGAGCAGCUCAAGAUAUUGGGGAAGUUUAUCCGGAAAUGAUGCAAGUAAAAAUAUUCAUGCCCUGGAUGUUAUUACUCGGUUAAUAAAUCACUGCUGCUGGCUCAACAUACAUGUUGUUCCACCACAUGGUGUUGUUUUUGAGAUACGUGUGGCUGAUGGCUAUGGGGCGAGGUGGUCUGAAGAUGGAAGUAAGUUCCUUGGAUUUCUUGAACCAUAUAUGGUGGAUGGCCAUUCAAAGGGAUGGAGGCACUGAAUCAGUUCAAAUGACAAUUGUUCUUUGAAUUGUUUUAUACCAAGCAUAAUGAACUGUAUAUAAAUCGUAUGGAUCUUGUUAAUUUAGUUUCAGGUUUGAGCUUCUGUAUAUAUGGUUUAUGCAGAGAGAGUAGUGCAAGAAGAGGAUAGAAAGAAGUGUAUGAACAGAGUGAAAAGUAACUGACCGAAACAAGCACUGGGAAGUCUAAACCAUUAGUAUCAGAAUGAUAAUUCAAAUCAAAUAUCUGAUAA